AUCAUCAUCCUCGUUCAUUUUAUUUUUUGUUGAUAGAAAAGUGCGAGAACAAAAAAAAAAGUUUUAUUUUCAAACGCACAUUCAUUUAAAAUAAUAAAAUAAUUGGUUUUAUUUUAAAUUCAAAUAUUAUUGUCAAUAUUUAUCUUAAAUAAAAAUGUUGCACGACAGCGAUUGUCAGGGAUUGUCAAAUGGAACCCAACAAAAUAGUGUCGUACAACCAUUACUCACAGAUUUAUAUCAAAUAACUAUGGCCUAUGCGUACUGGAAGUGCGGGAAAAUGAAUGAUUACACGACAUUUGAUUUGUUUUUUCGCAAGAAUCCAUUCAGAGGCGAAUUUACUAUUUUUGCUGGCCUGGGAGAAUGUUUAAAAUUUAUGAAAAAGUUUAAAUAUUCCGAGAGUGACAUCGAAUAUUUGAAAACAACGAUGUCGCCGUCAAUAGAACCUGAAUUUUUUGAAUAUUUAAAAGGCCUAACACCUAAGGACGUUACUCUUUACGCGAUCGAAGAAGGUUCUGCAGUAUUUCCCAGAGUUCCAUUGAUACGAGUAGAAGGCCCAUUGAUAAUGGUCCAAUUGCUUGAGACAACGCUCCUGACUCUGGUGAAUUACGCAAGUCUGAUGGCUACAAAUGCAGCACGAUAUCGUAUGGCAGCUGGUAAUAAUGUAUCGUUACUCGAGUUCGGAUUACGACGAGCUCAAGGUCCCGACGGGGGCCUCAGUGCCUCAAAAUACAGUUAUAUAGGUGGGUUUGAUGGUACGAGUAAUGUUCUAGCUGGCAAACUUUACGAUAUUCCAGUACGCGGUACUCAUGCACACGCUUACAUAAAUUCCUUCGCUGGUAUUGAUGAAUUAAAAUUACGAACUCUAGUACACAAAGAAACGGGGGAAGAAGUUGAUCUAUUAAAAUUAUCAUGCAAAUUCCGUCAGCAAAUAGCAUCUGAUCUUGGCGCCCUUGUUAUGGAGGCAUCAGACAGCGAACUGGCAGCGUUGGUUGGCUUUGCAAUUGCAUUUCCCGAUGGCUUUAUGGCACUUGUGGAUACUUAUGAUGUUAAAAGCAUUAAAUCAUCGUUCGAGAGGCAGUCACGUAUAAACAACGAAAAUAAUAAAUACAAAGAUGAUGAUAAUAAUAUUAAUGACCGUAAUGAUUCAACAAUAAAUAAUGAAUUACACAAGAAUGGUUAUAGUACUCCUACUCAUAAUCAACAAGAGACAUCACACUGUCUCAAUAAAACACCAACUUACAGCAAUGACUUAUUUAAACCUGGCGAAUUGGGGGAACUAUGUGUGAGAAGUGGAUUAUUGAACUUUUGUGCAGUCGCACUUGCACUUUCGGAGCUGGGGUACCGAGCAGUUGGUAUCAGGAUUGACAGCGGGGACCUCGCGUACCUGAGUCAAGCAGCGCGUGACACAUUUGUUAAAUUAUCUGAGCGUUUCAAGCUUCCGUGGUUCGCUAAAAUGACAAUCGUCGCGUCGAACGACAUUAAUGAGGAGACAAUAAUGAGCCUCAAUGAGCAGAAUCAUCAAAUUGACUGUUUCGGAGUAGGAACCCACUUGGUGACAUGUCAGCGGCAACCGGCACUCGGGUGCGUUUACAAAAUGGUCGAGAUAAAUAAUCACCCGAGGAUCAAACUGAGCCAGGAGGUGGACAAAAUAACGAUACCUGGUAGAAAAAAUGCUUACAGACUGUACGGAGCAGACUCACAUGCUCUGAUUGAUUUACUUCAACGAUGCGACGAACCCCCGCCUCAAGUUGGCACUCGGGUGCUCUGCAGACAUCCGUUUCAAGAGUCAAAACGCGCUUAUGUAAUUCCUACCAGGGUUGAAACUCUGCACAAAGUCUAUUGGAAAGAUGGAAAAAUUGUUAAUCCCUUGCCGUCGCUUCAGGACAUAAGGAAUAGAGUCAGCGAAUCAUUGAAAACACUGAGGACUGAUCAUAAAAGGAGCCUCAAUCCCACACCUUACAAAGUGGCAGUAAGUGAUGAUUUAUAUACAUUCAUUCAUGAUCUCUGGGUUCAAAAUGCGCCAAUAGGUGAAUUAUCUUGAAACAAUCGUUCGCUAUCAGUAAAAAAAAUUCGUCGUUUUUUAUGAUGAAGAUUAAAUAAAUUUUUUCCUUUUUAAUAAAAUAAUAAUAAUUAGAAGAUUAAUAGAUAACACAAAGGUAUAUUUAUAAUUAAGGUUCACAAUGUUAAAUAAUUUAAAUUGAGAGUACAAAUUUAUUAAGAUGCAUAACUAAGAGUUUUAUGAACGAGUGCAACAAUCAAUGGAUCAAAAAUAACUAAAAUAAUAUUUUUUCUCAAGACAAUUGGCUGUAAAGUAAAUAAUAUACUUUAUUCAGUAGUCGGUUGUCAAGAUGUAGAUAUGUUUAAUGUUAGUAUAGACUCUAAUGUAUAAUUAAUAAUUAUUAUUGUAUUGAAAGAGUUUUAAAUGAUUAAAUAUUCAGGCGGGAAAAUUCAAAUGCAUUACGUAUAAGGUAAAACACCCAAUACUUUAUCACUUUAUAUAUAUCUAUAUUUACUAAAUGUACAUAUACAAAUACAUGAAGUGAUCGGGUACUAGUUCUCUAAUCAGGCUCUAGUUCUCUAAUCAGGUUAUAGUUCUCUGAUCAGAUCCUAGUUCAUUGAUCAGGUACUAGGUCUUUUAUCUUAUAAUUAAAAAAAAACUUUUAAAGGUACAAAUGAUUUAAAUAUUUGCCAUAGUAAAUAUAUUUAUUACUGCAUGUAAAAAAAAAUAUUUUUAGAUUACAAACCACAAUAAAUAAUCAUAGUGUAAAGUUGUAUCAUUAACCUCAGUAACUUUGACCCCACUGGAGUAAUUUAGAGACUCAAAAAUAAAUUGACGAUUUUUUAAUUAUGAAUUUAAUGAGGACUCCAAAGUUAGUGAUUGUGGUUGAAAAUAAAAUGAUGUCAUGUCUGGGGCGGGUAAUUCAAAUCCUGGCGGGCUAAAGUUACUCAGGUUGAUAAUAAAAAAAUAAUGACUUUGUUUUUAUUUAACUCACCUGUAAAAUAAUAUUUUUUACUUAAAGCAAUAUUGUUAUGUGUCAUUAAAAUUACCAUAUCUUUAUAUUAUUAUUAUAAAUAAUUAAGCUAUAUAAAAUAUUUGUUAUUGAUUUUCAUUAGGUUUUUACUGAAAAUAAGUAAAUAUUUUAAAACAUUAUUUUA